AUGCUUGAAAUAAUUAAUUCAAUACCGGAUCUGGAUUUUGACUUUGUCCCAGCAUUAGAAUUAAAAUUUUGGCCAAAAAAUAUAGAGCCAUUUUUGAACCGUCUAAGACAAAAUCGUCCCGAUUUAUAUGAUAAAAUCUGUAAAACGUGUAUGUACUUGGUGGCAAAAGCAUCACCAAUAUCAUCAGGUAAUUAUAAAGAAUUUGAUUUCAGAUAUUCAUUUUCAGCAAUUGAAUUAAUAUUAGCUGAGGGACGUACAAGAAAUGAAAAAUCAUUAAAUAGUGUCGCAAAAAGUAUCUAUUAUAAAUAUUUAUAUAAAAAAACAGCAUUCCAAGGAGAUAGAGAACAAUAUAUUCCAUUGUAUUUUGUUAAGACCACAAUAUUUUGGAUGUGUGAACAAAAACAUCAUGAGUUGAAUAAAAUAGAAGGAACAAAGGAUGAAGAAAUUGAGAAGAAAUUGGUACUAGAAUGGAUUCAAUAUAUCAUCAAAUUAUUAUAG